GGCUAGCCGAAGAGCUGGCUUGCUCGCCCAUUGCCUACCAUGUUUACGAAAAAGUCUCAUGCCGACAUCAAGAAAUCCACAGCAAAACUUCAGGAUUGCAAAAAGGAUUCCGCUUCACGUCUACGCCAUUUGCGUACAAUACUAGAUAAUGUCGAUCAUGAGGAAGCCAAAAAAUUGUUCCAAAUUAACUACAGUCAUGUGUACUUCAUAUUAUACGACACAUUUAUCCAAGCGGAGGCGAAUUUAAAACAAAAAGUUCACAAAGCCCAUCGAGAAGAGUUGGAUGGUUCGCUAUGGCUGUUGGAAAAAAUACUAUGUCUGCUGCCCGAGUUUCUGGGUCGACGAUGGCAGUGUCAUUCUUUAAGUCGGAUCAUGGGCAAAUUAUUACAUUUGGGGAAUUCGCCGAAAUUGCGCAAAGAAGGUGUACGCUACUUCCUUCUUUGGUAUCAGGCAUUGGGUGAAAAUGCUCCCGCCUAUGUACAUAAUAUGUAUGCCGAUUUAAUACCGGGUCUCAUAGUGCCCCAAAAAGGUUUACAAGGUCCCGAUGUUGAAUUCAGUCCUGGUGAUUUUAUAAAUCAUCCAAAUAUGAAAGUGGAAGGAGGCAUAACGUCCGUGUUUCAUGACAGUUAUUCCCAUCCGGUACAGAGCUCAGAGUUGGUAGCUCUGUUACCACCGUCGUCAAGUGAGAAAUCUCAACCACCUGAUCCUCGUGAUGGUUUGGAAAUUCUACUCAAUAGCAUGGUGCAGACAACGGCAUGUCUUAAAUGGAGUGACAAUCACGCUCAAAAGGAUCACAAAGCAUUUGCUUUUUUGCUGCAACGCUUCAAGGAAGUUUUUCUACCAGUAUUUAGUCCGAAUUUUGAUUUUACGAUGUCGGUGUAUGAGCCGCGUUUGGAAUUGCCAGUUAUGCGGUCGAUAAACAAAAAAGAAGAGGUAAUGGCCUCCUGUGUGGUGGUACUGAUCAACUGGUUGUCACGGUUCACCCACGAACGCUUGCUGCAACAUCGCUUGGACAGUGUCCACAUAGCUGAGGCAGCGGAUCAUAUGCGUCUGCAUGCUUAUCAACAGGGCCUAAUUGUGCGCGAUGUCCUUUACUCUACACGAGAAAAUGUCAACUUCAUCCAUGAAGUUUAUCGGCAAGCAUUCUUACUGAACUUUACAACGAAAGCACAAAUCGAUGCUAUACGAUGUUCCAUUGCUGUGUAUAGAGAUUGGAUGACCGGCAAUACUCCUCCACCCUUUUUAUUGGAACCCGAAGAUACAAUGGGCACGGCAACUCAGCAGCAGCAACAGCAACAUAAUAGUCGAGAAAACGCCGGAGGUACUCCUAAGGCGAAUGUGCGCAUGAGAAAUCCUUCGUAUGUUGGAGCCAUGGCCAAGGAUAAUGUGGGCGUGAGAGCUGGUCUGCAGAAUAUUCUCCAGAUAUUUGUAACAAAUGCAGCAAAUGUGUUUCUGGUCAAUACCAGCAACCUCAAUAUAUACUUUCCCGCAAAGUCCAGGGAGUAUCGCACCACUCCUCUGCAGGAGCAAACUGAAGUUUGCAAAAAAGUUUUGAGUGUGUAUCGCACAAUGGUUAUGAACACGCCUAUGGAACCAAGGACUUGGGAGCAACUAUUGUUGGUUUUAUUGCAAGUAACAUCGGUGGUGCUGCAGCAACAUCCCCCUACCGCGUCAAAAAGUUCCAGUUUGGGUGGUAUAUUGGGUCAAGCCAUUUUCCAAACAUUGAUUGUAACUUGGAUACGUGCCCACACCAAUGUGCCGGUAAAUGUUCAACUUUGGGAGAAGUUUCUGGUUGUUCUCACAUCAUUGACCUAUCGCGAAGAAUUGAUCAUCGAAUGGGACAAGACAAUUCAAACGCUGACCAGGGUGUUUUCGCGAUAUGUCUAUUCACUGAAUUUACAAGAUUUGCCCUUGGAUAGAUUGGCCGAAUCGAAAGGAAAGCGCAGGCGCAUAGGCGUUUGGCAACAAACGUCUUCAGUAUCCAAUGGUUCGGUACCCAAGGAGCGGGAAACAAAAGAUAGCCAACAACAUGAACGUGUCUCAAAUGCUAGUCGUUCAGAAGAGAAUUCACAGACAACCUUAUUGCCAAGCGGGCGAAACAGUGCGAAUUUAGGCAACGUUCAGAAGAUGGGAAGUAGCACGCACCGUUACCCGGUUACACCCAUCUUGAGUCGCAGUUACAGCGAGGGCAGUUUAGCUUCAAUGGCUCGUACAUCACGCAUACGCCGAAAGCCCAGGCACCAAAAACCACACCAAGCCAUUGUUGAAGCCCCGCCUAAUUUAUCCACGAGUGUGGAGCACUCUCUCAAUACGAUGACACAACAACAAAACUCAAAUACUCCUGAACUGAUGCAGAAUGUGCAAUUGACAUGCCCUGUUAGUAUGGCUAGCAAUGAUAUGCGAAGAGCCAUGUCCUUGGACUCUCUGUCCACGCUGAAAAGGUCGCGUAAAACAAAACGUCUCAGACGGACCACAAAUAACGAAGAUGAAAUGGAUGAUUUGGAAGCUGGGGUUGAGGAUGAAAGUAAUGAUGAAGAUUCUCGUAGUCCCUCGCCCACCGCAAGCAGUGGCAUCGAAGGUGGCUCUAUAAAAGAUGCUCAAAUACAGAUCGAUGUGUUGGCUGUCGACAGCGGCGGCAGUUUGGGUGAAAGUGAAGGCAACUCGGGCACGUAUCAAACGGAGAGGAGAUCGAUUAUUUUGGGUGGCACCGCCACAGGCUGGUUACCAGAUUCAACCGCGAUUAUGUGGAAACGCAUGCUGGGAGCUCUAGGCGAUGUCAAUCGUAUACCCAAAGCAGAACUACACGCUCAAGUAUUCAAGCAUUUACUUGAUAUGACCUUGAAUUUGAUCAAGAUCAAACACAAUCAGGGCAUCUCAACGGACAAUCAAACAACUCCACCUCCGCCGACUUUGGUGCCACCUAUUGGCAUUGUGGCGCCGUGGUGUUAUGGGGCCCUUACAUUGGACAAGUCUUUCAAGAGGGGUAAACUGUGGGCCGUUCAAUUGUUGUGCAUGCUGGCCGUAAACGGCGCAGUCACCGGAAUGCAACACCUACCCCUGUUCUACUAUGCCUUACAUCGUCUGUUGACGGGAGAAGAUCGGGAAUUGAUCUAUGCAGUUCUCAAGUAUUUGGAAGGACCACGUUUUCUUAGUUUACUUAUGCCGGGACACACUUUGCUCCUGCUGGACAUUGUGCAUGCCUCAGCUAUAUUGUUGACGUCUCUGGAAGCAAAUCGUUCCACACCUCGAGCAGAGGUUGCUGCUUUAUUAGGAACCCUACUGUGUUAUCCGUCGACUUUGCUGCCGAGACCGUUAUUGCAACCAACCCCCCAGCAAUUCGAAUUAAUGGAAUGUGCCGAUUUACAAGAUCACAUUUUGAAUAUUGUGUUGCGGUGUGCCCGAAGGGAGCCAUCAGCUAAAGCUAGAUGCAUAGCACUCUGUCAGUUGGGUCAAUGGGUACUCAUGAAACUGUCGCACCCCUUGUCAUCAACCCAAGUUGAUAGUCCUAAAUUCCAGCAAGCUAUACCCCAUGCCAAGGGUCAACAUAUUAAAGAUGGACAGCACCACAACCACCAAUACAAUCCUCGUAUUAAAGAAGCUUUACAAGUGCUGCUGCAUUCACUACAGUUCAAGCAUAGGACCAUUGCAAUGGUAGCCGUGGACUCUUUGAAGCUUUGCACUGAGCGUGGUGCCGAAUUGGCUUCUAUUGAAAGAAUGCCCCAAUUGAUUAUCACGGCCAUUUGUAAAGCUUUGGAAAUACAGAAUGUCACGAAUCCCAAGGAUUCGGACAAGGUGGUGCUGACAGCUUUAAUGUUGUGUCUCGGCGAGUAUUGCAUGGCAUUCCCCCCGACCAUAAUGCUGGAGGCUAUCAACGACAAGGGUGAUACACUGGUCUUAAUGGUGUUGAGAGUUCUUUUGCAAAUCGCCUCCGGGGCUCCGCGACAUGAACGCGUCAAGCUGACAGCCGACGACGACUUUGAUAUGCACAUAACUGCCGACGAUCUAAGUGAAGAUGGUAAAUUGCCGGAGGCUAACUACCAGACAUCUGAAACGAUUCAAAAGUGCAUAACUGCCAUUAGGUUGUGUGCCAAGGCGGUGGCGAUGCAUUUGGUUACCCACCUGGGGCACUUCCCCAUGGGCAUUGGUGCUGCACGCCUAAGUUCUUUGGUCGAAGAACAAGACGAUCUGAAUGGAUACAAUGGAUAUGGCGGCGGCGGAGGUGGUGGUGGGACAUCUCAAUCGAUGGGCAACAAUCAAAACUCUGUAAAUAGUGUGGAAUUGCGUCGUGAUUCCGUGGAAUUGCCUUCUAUAUUACAUGCUCAAAAUAUGCAACUGUUUAUGUUGAAUUCUUGUUUGGUGGCCAGUUUCAUAGAGUUGCCAACUCUUAAACUGCCAGGUGGUGGCGCGACUGCUGGUUUGGUAACAGCCGAGAAACAAGUUCGGGUAUUGCUACGUGAUCUCAACGGCAAGGCGUGUUGGGAUGCCUCAAUAUUGUACAGUGAACCGAAACGUGAUUGUUCAAAGGGUGGUGUGGCGAUGGGAGGCGAUGGGCUGACUCCAUCUUCACUGGAUUCUCGUAUGGGCUUUAGCCCUUCGCACAUUCAACGUUUAAAUCAAGUUCAACCGAUGGAUUCUCUGAUGCAUUCUAUGCAAGGUAUGGAUAUAGGACCACCGCGACAUACCCUGAGGCAUAGGCCAUUGGGAGAGUUGCCAUUGGCAAAGGAUUUGGCGCCUGAUUUGGAUCAAUUAGAUGAUCUCCUGGCAUAUGUGGGCCACACCAGUCCGGAGUGCCUGCCCUACCCAAUGGCACAAUUAAAUGUUCCCGGACCCAGUCCAUUGGGCAGCAAUGCUGAAGCACAAGCCAUUUCGGUAAUACUCAACCAAAGAGCUAUGGAACAGGAAUUUGUUUCAAAUCUCAAUAUGCAAGCAAUGCAAUUACCAGCUGGUAUGGGUUGCGGCGGUGGCAGUGCAACACCGUCGUUAUCCGGUACGGGUCACGAUACACGUUCGCUGCAUUCUAUGCAUGAACCCAUCUCACAUAAUUCUUUCGAAUCGUACCACAUGUCCAGUUUUAAUGGCCGCAACGAAAUACCAUUCCAAUAUUGUCGCCUGUUAUUCUCACACCUCGGACUUGCCGGAUGGGAGAGACGUUCGCGAACACAUUUAUUACAGCGUACAGAGAGACUUUUGCGUGAAUUACGCAAUGUCGAUUUACAGAAGUGCCGGGAAACUCACAAAAUGGCCGUUAUAUAUGUGGCCUCGGGACAGGAGGACAAGAAUAGUAUUUUGCGCAAUGGCAGUGGUAGUACGAUGUACGAAAUGUUUGUCUCAGCACUGGGCUGGGAAAUUGAUUUGGAAACACACAAUGGCUUCUUGGGCGGUCUGCCACGUCAGGGCUGUGGAGCGACAGCACCAUAUUAUGCUACACCAUUCCUGGAAGUUAUUUAUCAUGUUGCAACACGUAUGCCUUUCGAUUCGCCCGAGGCAAUUCUGCUGAAAACUCGGCAUUUGGGCAAUGAUGAAGUUCAUAUUGUUUGGAGUGAACAUUCACGCGAUUAUCGUCGUGACAUAUUGCCCACGGAGUUUUGUGAUGUACUCAUUGUCGUGUAUCCACUGAAGAAUGGUCUUUUCCGGGUGACUGUAAAUCGUAAACCUGAAGUGCCAUGGUUCGGUCCAUUGGCAAAUGAGAGUGUUGUUAGCGGUGCAUGCCUGGCUACACUAAUACGAGCAACAGCCAUUAAUGCAAGUCGUGCUAAACGUGCAGCAUUGCCACUGUAUCAGCAAUAUUAUGAAGAACGUAACCGUUCAUUGGAUAGUGUAUCAUCCGGAUUCAAGGAAAGUACUACAUUUGAGGAUUUCGCAAAUCGUAUAUAUAAUCCAAUGCCUGUAAAUAAUGCAUAUGCAACACUGCGGGAUACCAGCAAUAAUUCAGCACCAUUAGCAGCUGCUUUAAUUGAUCAUCAUCGUUCGUCUGUGAAAGGUUGGGUACAAGCCUCGAUUGAUGCCAAUAUGAAAGAAAUACCAUUGGGUAUAAUGCCAUCCGCUUCAGCAUCAUCAACCGCCGCAAUGGAGGCCAUGCAUUCCUCCCACUCACCAAGAGGUGCUCGCAAACUCGGUUCCACAUUUAAAGCCGCUCCUAAAAGAAGCGCUCUUCACGGUUCGACCAGCAGUUAUAGCACACCACCUGACAGUCCAACAUUGCCAUUGCGCAAAUUUAAAUAAUAUUUAAUUUUCUCUAGCCAAGAAAGGGAUAG